CUUCCCCAUUGCUCACACAAACAAUCAGAAACCAAACCAGAGAGCUCUCUGAAUCAGAAUGGGAGCCUUGGAGAUCAUUCUCUUAAGCCCAACAACAGCACCCACUACCACUACAUCUCUCUCUCUCCUCUCUCCAUGUCCCACCAGACCCUCCUCUUUAUCUCUCCGCACUCUUACACCCUCACAUCCCCCAUUUCUUCAGCUCCGUCCAACUCUCCGGCCUAUUUCUCGCUGUACUUCUAAUUUGGUCGCCAAUGAUUUCAAAAACGACGAAGAUGACGACCCAGAAGAUGAUUUUGAGGAAUUGGUAGAAGAAGAUGAAGAAGAAGCAGAUGGUGCUGAGGAUUCUGAGAGUGAGAGUGACGCCAUGAUUGAUGUCGAAAGCCUUGAAAAAGAAGCUAUUGAUGUUGUUCGGGAAUUUUCAACCUCCUUGUCUAAAGAGCUUAUAAUCGAAGUAGAUGAGAAAACCGACCGAAAGGGCAGGAGGAGGCAAAAAAGUGUAACGAAAAAUAUACCUGACCAUCUUCUUCCAAAAGUUGCAAUUGUUGGAAGGCCAAAUGUUGGUAAAUCAGCAUUAUUCAACCGUCUUGUUGGGGGGAACAGGGCUAUUGUUGUUGAUGAACCUGGGGUUACAAGAGAUCGUUUAUAUGGUAGAGCUUUUUGGGGGGAUUGUGAAUUUUUGGUCAUCGACACUGGAGGUGUUCUCACAGUUUCAAAAUCACAGGCUAAUGUUAUGGAAGACUUGGAUAUUACAACAACAAUUGGCAUGGAUGGGAUUCCACUUGCCUCCAGAGAAGCAGCUAUUGCCAGGAUGCCCUCUAUGAUUGAACGACAAGCAACUGCAGCUGUGGAAGAAUCAUCUGUCAUUAUAUUUGUUGUUGAUGGUCAGGCAGGUUUAACAGCAGCUGAUGAGGAAAUUGCUGACUGGUUACGUAGACACUUCUCUGAUAAGUCUAUAAUUCUUGCUGUUAACAAGUGUGAAUCUCCUCGUAAAGGAGCGUUGCAAGCAACAGAGUUUUGGUCCUUAGGGUUUACACCAUAUCCUAUAUCUGCUGUUUCCGGAACUGGCACAGGAGAGCUUCUAGAUCUUGUUUGUUCAGGACUUAUAAAGAUUAAGGAUCAAGAAGAAUUUGCUGAAGAAGAAGAGUAUAUUCCAGCAAUUGCAAUUGUUGGCCGACCAAAUGUUGGUAAAAGUAGCAUUUUAAAUGCUUUGGUUGGAGAAGACAGAACUAUCGUUAGCCCAGUUAGUGGCACUACUCGCGAUGCCAUAGAUACUGAAUAUACAGGACCAAAUGGCGAGAAGUUCCGGUUGAUUGAUACUGCUGGAAUUAGAAGAAGAGCAGCUGUAGCUUCAUUAGGUAGUACUACAGAGGCUUUAUCAGUGAAUCGAGCUUUUCGUGCCGUUCGUCGUUCUGAUGUUGUAGCUCUUGUUAUCGAGGCCCUGGCUUGCAUUACAGAACAGGAUUUCAAGAUUGCUGAAAGGAUAGAAAAAGAAGGGAAGGGUUGCCUUAUAGUUGUAAAUAAGUGGGAUACUAUACCAAACAAAAACCAGCAGACUGCAUCUUAUUACGAGCAAGAUGUUAGGGAGAAGCUUCGCAUACUGGAUUGGGCACCAAUCGUAUAUUCAACUGCAAUAGCUGGUCAGCAGAGUGUUGAAAAGGUAAUUGUUGCCGCUAGUGCGGUUGAAAAGGAAAGAUCAAGAAGGCUGAGUACUGCCAUUUUGAAUCAAGUGGUACAGGAAGCACUUGCUUUUAAAUCACCUCCAAGAACCAGAGGUGGCAGACGCGGCCGUGUUUAUUACUGUACUCAGGCUGCAAUAAGGCCACCUACAUUUGUUUUCUUUGUUAAUGAUGCAAAACUUUUUCCCGAGACAUACCGACGUUACAUGGAAAAGCAACUACGGACGGAUGCAGGAUUUCCCGGCACACCAAUCCGUAUUCUAUGGCGCAGCCGGAAAAAAAUGGAAAGAAAUGAUGGCAAAUCUUCAAGGUCACAAGGCAAUCUUGUGCCUCGUAAUAGAAAAAUGGCAUCUGCUGCUACUACAUGAAGGAAAUGAGAGGUUUCAUUCACCAUCCCAAAAAACUUGGUAGGAUUCUUCUUGUGUCUGGGAAUAGAAUAGACCACAAAUCAGCCUAUGCUAUGGAAUAUACUGAAGAUAAGUGAGUAAAUUCCAAAUAUAAACCAACAGUAAUUAUAAACUUGUUUCAUCUUUUCUCUAGUUGAGAGAGACACUGUAUUACUAUUAAUGCUUCUCACCAACACAAACACCGAUCAAGGAUUAGAAAAAGACUGGCAAACAAACAAACGUGACAGUCUUUAUUGUGAUAGCAUUGAAGUUGCUUGUCCUCUUGGGAAAUGUGUAGUUAUACCGGCAUGUCACAUAUGAGAAAACAAGUGCAUUUUCAGUGAGAGUAACAGCUCUGCUUAAGGUACUUAAUCAUGAUGUGAUUACAUUACAUUCUGAAAAUCCAUGUAGUGUUGUUGAAAUUUUCUGAGUUGAGGUUGUUAAAGCAUUGCUAUUAGCCUCAGAUAAUCUCUGACAAUUAAUCCCAGCUUUUGAAUUUUGUUUCAGAUCAUGAAUAUGAACUUGGAGAACUUCCAUGGUUAUAUUUAGUAAAAAUCACUAGACAUGUAUACUAUGUAUAGCUUCUGACAA